AUGCCGCUGGAUUGUUUAUCUUUGUCACAACUUACUUCGGCGAGUGAAGUUUGUAAAGUCAAAGUUCGUAUUGUGCGUAUUUGGGGAUUUCCAAAAAAAGAUAGAGCAAAANAAUUAUCAGGAAUCGAUCUUCUUCUUGUGGAUGAGAAGGGUGAUAGAAUACAAGCCUCUGGUAAAGGAAAUUUACUCUCUAAAUUCGAAAAGCAAUUACAAGAAGAGGAAUGUUGUGUCAUCAUGAACUUCGAGUUAGCCAAUAAUAUUGGAAGCAUUCUUGGUGAGGUUAUUGGGAUGUAUGAUCUAAGAGAUGUAAAGACUUCUGAGGGCCCUACAAAGGUCCUAAAUCUUCAAAUCAAACAUCUUGGAUAA